CGCCGUUCGCAACGUUGUUUAUUAUUAAUGACAGCGAUAGACAGGACGAGAAAGCAUGACAAUACAAUCUGAAUAUUCAGAUCAGAAACUCCAUCAACAUGGCGAAUCUGGAUAAAUUCGAUCCGGCUACCGCUGGUCGGUAUGACCCAGGACAUGUCGUCGUCUUCUUCGACAACCGAACAUUCAAGAGCUUCGAGGAUAACCACUCGAUGUUCUCUAAUAUCUACCUCCAGGGGAUGUCGCGACUGGGAUGGAGCAAUCUGUCUGGAGUGAAAGAUCUCGAGCCGGGCAAACUGCGAAUUGUCUUCUAUACCCACCAAGGACGAGAGGGAUCGAGAGAAUUCCCCCUAUGGCAAGCUCGAGAAGUCCGCGAAGCAUUCGACACAUUAUCCCAACAAGGCUUCCGGCCGAUGGUGCUAGGUUGGUCCCGCGAGAACCCAUUCCCAGACAUCGGAGGCUCAGAACCUCCGCCGAAGCCCGCCAAACCCAAGGAGCCGAAGCGAGCGACGACCUACAGCGCUGCGAUGAGCGGCCACACCAAAGACUUCGGCGACACGCCGCACGAUCGCGUCAUGUCGAUCAUCGAGGCCGAGGAGGAGCGAGAGGCGAAACUCCGGGCUGAUGAGGUUGCCUUUGCGGAAUUCGCAAAGUCUGGUGGAGCUGCUUGAUUGAUUUGUAUGAACGAUGGUCACGAGAGAUUGAUAGGUUGUGUAGAUUUCAGUAUGGUCGCACGCAUUAUUGAAUUGAUCCGCCACUGAUGGAAUGAGAGCCGUGGAAGAAGUGGUGUACGUAUGAAAUGCAGGUUGACGGGGCAGAUCGCUCGGUGGACUCACGGGAGAUAUCGUGUAGAUAGCUAAGCCAUAGUGUAUUAUUUAUGCAUGAACACGGUAGAACAUAUACAG